AUGUCUGUCAAAGGUGCAAAGGGAUCAGGAGGCAUCAAUGAACACGGACAGGAGCAGAAUAAACUCUCAGUUGACGACAUAAUUGAGAAGAGGCGGAAGACGAGGCCUGACUUCAAGCUCCCCGAGCCUGAGGACGACGACCCAGAAGACAACGAGGAUAGCGACUUGGCCGAAGAGGAGGAUGACGAACACCUAGACGACCAACACGACGUCGAAGAGGAGGAUGAGGAGGAAUUUGGCGCUGGAGUCAGGCGAGCGAGAGAAGCAAGUGAGAGCGAAGAAAGCCACGAUGAAAAAGAUCCUCUAUCGAGCUCGGAAGACGAGGACGAUGAAGAAGAAAGGCAGUCGGACGAGGAUGAGGAUGAGGACGAAGAUGAUAGCGAAAACUCAGAAGCAGAAUCGGAACAGGAGACAGAGGUGGAGAAGGCACGGAAAGCUGCCUUUUUCGCUGUAGAAGACCAGCAAACAGGGAAGGCAAAGGACGGCGCCGAUGAGACGCCUACGUUUCAGUCCCUCUCCCUGUCACGACCGCUUCUGCGCGCUUUGGCGACUCUCAACUUUCACACUCCAACACCGAUUCAAGCGAGAUCCAUCCCCAUCGCCUUGGCCGGCAAAGACAUUGUGGCAGGUGCCGUCACAGGAAGCGGAAAGACGGCAGCCUUCAUGAUUCCCAUCUUGGAGCGACUAGCCCACCGGCCAAAAGGGCGAGAUGAGGCAAAGACGCGCGUCAUUAUCCUCAUGCCUACACGCGAAUUGGCUGUGCAGUGCGCCAGUGUUGGCAGAGCCUUGGGCAAAUUCCUCGACGUCCGUUUUUGCCUCGCCGUUGGUGGUCUCUCGCUCAAAACUCAAGAGGCAGAGCUCAAGCUUCGACCGGACAUCGUCAUUGCCACGCCUGGUCGACUGAUUGACCACAUGCGCAACAGUGCCUCUUUUGGCAUAGAGGACGUCGAGAUCGUCAUCAUGGACGAAGCUGAUCGUAUGCUCGAAGAGGGCUUCUCUGCCGAACUCAACGAGAUCCUCGAGAUGACCCCGAAGGCUCGUCAGACUAUGCUUUUUUCGGCCACGAUGACGGACGAUGUCGACGAAUUGGUCCGCUUGAGCAUGAAGAGACCCGUUCGUCUCUUUGUCGACCCUAAGCGCAGCACCGCAAAGAAGCUCAUCCAGGAAUUUGUCCGAGUUCGUGGCCAGAUGAGCGUUGGUCAAGACGAUGGAGGUAACAAUGGUGGUAGUAGUAGCGUGGUCAAGAAGAGGACCGAGGAUGAGGCCCGGCCCGCUCUUCUGCUGAGCCUAUGCACGCGGACGUUUCGGACAAAGGUCAUCAUCUUUGUUCGCUCCAAGAAGCUGGCUCAUCAGCUGCGCAUCGUUUUUGGCCUUGUUGGUCUAUCUGCAGGCGAGCUGCACGGAGACCUGUCACAGGAGCAGCGCUUGCAAUCGCUUCAGAGCUUCAAAGAUGGUCGCACAGACUUCCUCAUUGCCACCGAUCUCGCAAGUCGUGGUCUGGAUAUUCGAGGCGUGGAGACGGUCAUCAAUUACGACAUGCCCACUCAAUUCGAGCAGUAUCUUCAUCGAGUGGGCAGAACGGCCCGUGCUGGACGCAAUGGGCGAGCCGUCACGCUCGUGGGACAGGGCGAUCGCAAGAUGCUCAAGAUGGCGCUCAAGAGAUCGCCAGCCGCCCAGGUCAAGCAUCGCAUGAUACCUGGAGAAGUCGUUUUGCAAAUCUCCGAACGCCUCGAAGAGAUCAAGGGAGAUGUUGAUGUUGUGCUGCGUGAAGAAAAAGAGGAGAAGGAAUUGCGAAGGGCCGAAAUGGAGCUUACAAAGGGUCAAAAUAUGGUCGAGCAUCGGGAAGAGAUAAUGAGCCGACCUAAACGGACAUGGUUCCAAUCGGAGUCGGAGAAGCACAAGCAAGAGCAACUCGGGACCAAGGAGUAUCUGAACAAGGUCGGAGGCGGCGACAAGGAGAAGAAGACGUCAAAGGAGGGCCGAGACAAAUUUUCGGGCUUGAGCAGAAAGAAGAAGAGGAUGAAGAUUGCGAGAGAGGAAGACGCAGAGAUGAACAAGCGCGGUGAAAUCGAUGCGGGUAUCCGAGCUGCGAAAAAGGCACAAAGACCUAAGGAGCUGGGUGUGCUCGAGAGCAAGGGCGGUCCUUCGAAGGGGAAGAACAAGGACAAAGGAAAUAAGAAGACCAGGAGCAGCUUCAACAAGGUCGGAAAGGGUGCUGCGGGCGGAUUUGCAUCGGACUUGGGUGACCGGUCGGGGUCAGCUGGUGCGCGUGGAGCAGCAAAGGGCAAGGGUAAAGCAAAGACUAAAGCACCCAAGACCGCCAAGGGAGGGAAAGCCAGCAACAAAAAUCGCCGUCGAUGA